CGCCAAGAUUUAUUUCCUUCGUCCCCGAGCCAGCAGUAAGCGGCAAUCGUCCUGUUCUGACAUUCAGUACUACUUGUAUGCAUCGCUAUGCCCGCUAUGAAAUACGCCAUAUAGCCUGUGAGUAAUUGCACGUCAAAUGGAUAUUGAUCAGACAUCCGAGGAGUCUCACCAUGAGGUGGAGAGCAUACAAGAGGCUGUAGCAAGGUGUCGGCUGGAACUGGAGUUAUGUGUGAAGAGCGUCAAGCUCAACGAAAAGCACUGGGCAGACAACCGUCUCAGCGACUUUAAUCUAUGGGACGCUGGUGUUGGUGCAAGUGACAAAUACUCACGAUCUCUCGACUUUCGGCUCAGAAAUGACAGUGCAGCUCGAAAUGUCGUGAUCGGCACGAUUCAGAUCUUGCUUGCAUGGGUGAAGGAGUCCCGGAAUCUUGGAAUAUCUGAAGAGAGGAACGAGGGAUACUCGGUUGAAAAGGAUUCUGUCAACAUUCAGGGAAAAGAAACCGCAUCACAUACAUUACCGGAUCAAGCACCGCAUUAUGACGAGGAGUCGAGGUCGCCACGAGGAAGUUCGAGUUCAUCUGAUCGCCCUAAUACUGACGCGAACGAUUCGGACGAAAUUACAAUUGAAGAAUCAAAGCUGAGCGUAGAACAACUUCUCGCGUCACUUAUCGAUAUAGGCAUUGCUAUUAGAAAGGCCGGUACGGUUUCAAGGCUGAGAAAUGCUGAUGACAUAUUCGAGAAAUACAAAUCCAUGUAUUCGAGUUUUGAAAAAGACUUGGAAGAACAUUUAGGGCUGUUGAAUCGUAUAGCAACAAUAGCAGGUCGUGGACGUAAGAAUACUGACGGUCAGAACACCACGCUCGAACUAUGCAUCGAAUCAAAGAUGAUUAAACCCUCGGAUCAACUAACACCCACUACCGCGGAGCAGAACACGCUGAUUACGCAUAAUAUGCAGCGUCGCCAUCGUUUCGUAGUUCAAAGGUCACGUCGAAAGGGAAGACCAGACAAACUUCCAUCCUCCACCGUAAUGCCUUCCAGCGAACUACCAGAGCAGGAACACACCACAGAGGCGUCACAUGAUACUGCAAGUGGUGGUAGUCAACCUUCGAAGCCUGUCAUACCUGCAGACAUCUUUGAAUCUAGACCCAGCGAAGAACCCAAGGCUGUAUCAGAACACUCUGGAAGCAACUUCAACAAGGUGUCUGAAUAUGAGCCGCAAGCUCCAUUAGAGAAGAUGGUUGAAGACCUCCAGAUAGCUGCCUCUGCGACAGCAAUCGCGCUUAGAAUGCGCCAUCCUAAGCCUCCUAAGCUUCAAGGCGGCGACGCGUUUACUUGCCCAUAUUGCUUGCAGACUUUAUCAAGCCAUCACACUGAGAAAAGAAGAUGGAAGGAGCACUUGUCGCAAGACCUCCAGCCUUACUCUUGCUACCUGGCAAACUGUUCGUUGAAGAAUCCCUUUUUCCAGACAUUCAAAUCUUGGAAAUCGCACGCAUUGUCAAGCCAUGAGGUCUCCAAAGGGUGGAUGUGUGCAUUCUGUGACUAUGAAACAGGUUUGCAAGACGACUUCUUCACACAUAUUAAGUCGCUGCAUGAGAUAGACGAAAAGUCUUUGGAAUCCCUCAAUACCGCUUGUCAAGUUUUUGACCGAUCAUCAUUAGAGAAGUGCGCCAUUUGUUUAAUGGAUGCAAAGUCAUGGCAGGUCUGCAAGGCAGGUAUUUCUGGCUUUGACGGCAAUGCGAGAUCAUUUCUAGAGCACAUUGGCAACUGCUUGCAUAGAUUCUCACUUCAUGCACUUCCUGCCCGAAGCGAUAUUACGUCGGAGGCUGACAGUGGCGACGCAGCCGCAUCUCGCUCCAUCAACUCGAUUGAUCGUCUGUCAACACCGGAAUUAGAGAGUCUCCCCAGGCUGAAAGAUCGAGGUUUGGAGUCCAUCUCAAUAUUUUCAGAAGAAGAGUCGCUUCGUCGAAUGCAAGCCUGGAUCACAUUGCUCCAAAGAGCAGACAACAGACUCAUAAAUCUACCCACUGAACCAAUUGAUACAUCCCUAACAACUACGCACAUGUCAUUGGCCGACCAAAUAUACGCUUCAUUUGUAUUGGGCAGUCAUCUCGAGGACAUUCCAAAACGAUUCCUCCCUGCGAGCCUUGUUACCAAAAUGGUCUCAGAGGAUGUCAUUGAUUCGGAAAUAAAUAAGUUUCCAGAACCCAAUGACUACCCUCACGGUUUGCUUUCUCGAUGGAUCUAUAUGAACGCCCCAAAAGUAUUCAUGAUAUGCAUCGCGUCUAGGUUCAAUGAUCAGGAGCUUUUCUUAGCCAUGGAGCACUUCCGACUGCAUGGGUUCCGAGAUGAUCGGUUGCCUAUACAGGAGCCGAUUGAAGGACGUAUUAAUCUGGAAGACUUCCCACCUGUGAUUUGGAGCAUUCAGAUGAUUGAUCGGUUUUAUGAGAUGCAAUGGAGAUUCCUAUCGCCAAUAUUCGAUCCAUCUGUUUUCAUGUACGACCUACCCAACGACUGUAUUUUACCCUUUAUCAGCAAAAAAAACGUUGCUGAAACCGGCGAUUAUGCUAUCCAGAGAGUGAUCGUUCAUCCUGAUCACUGGACACACGAUGAAACGAAUGAUAUCAUGCUCACGAGAACGAGGAUUCUUCGUGACCAGCUCGAGUCUGAGGUCAAUGCAGUGUGGGAACACGAAGCAAUGACAUUGCAGAGUGUGAAUGCUAUUGCACAUCCGAAUAUAACCAAGUGCAUUGCAGCCAUACGCAAAGGCCGAAAUCGAUACUUCAUGUCUCCUUGGGCAGAUGGAGGUAGCCUGCGGGAAUAUUGGGAAAGCGUCCCAAAACAGCAUCCAACAGAAGAUGGUAUCGCCGAUAUGGUUGAGCAGCUCAGAGGGCUUGCGGACGCUCUAGAACAACUACAUAAUCUCGACAAUGUUUGGCAUAGAACUCAGGAUAUUCAGGGAUACAUCGACGAUGAGGAUGAAAUGUUAAUUGUCCCGAUUAGACAUUACAUUGUCUGCCCUGAAAGGAUAUUGCGAUUUGUUUACCGUGGUUCUGGCAUGGGAACUCUGAAAAUAUCAAUGGAGUUUCCUGAAAAGAACAUCAAACUCGCCGACGGUCUUUAUUCAAUGCGAAGUCCUUUCCGUCAUUCGAUAUAUGCCCCUCCCGUGCCAGAGGGUAGCCUAGGGUUCACUCGCUCUGACGAUCCAUGGGCCAUGGGCUGUAUUAUCCUAGAGUUUAUCAUCUGGACCCUUUAUGGAAAUGAAGCAGUCACCAAUUUUGAGUCACAACUCCACGAGGAGACUGGCAUGUUCAAGCCAUUUUUUGAAGCUCCAUCUGAUGGAGAACCUGGGGUUCCUCUCGGGCGUGUCACAAUUCAUCGGACGGUACUCCAGUGGAUGGCCCAUAUUCGCAAUAACGAUCCUGAAUGCUCACGGGACUCCGCAAUUCGGGAUCUUCUUGAUCUUGUGCAAUACAGGCUUCUGGUUAUUGAUACAUCACCGUAUCACGUCAGUACUCGUGAACAGCAUAGCCGAAGAACAGCUUCGCCAGAUUCGAAAGAGACAAUGACUCGAUACCGUGCAACAGCCGUCGAGCUCCGAAACUCAUUAGAUACAAUAUCUUCUAAAAUCGUCAGAUCGCUCGAACUUAAAACCGGGUAUCUCGUCACGCAUAAGAGUCGAGCAAACAUCAGACUGCCAAUUCCACAAGACUAUAUCAAGCAUAGACUCGAAGUUCCUUCUAGUAGCGGUAUGCCGUAUCAGCAAGGCGAAUCGGUGACUUCGAGAGAACUCGAUGCAGAUUAUAGUCUGCCUCCGUUGAAGGAGUGGCAAUACAUUAUCGACAAUUCGUUCGUUGAGGACUAUAUUUUGUCAUCCGCCAAUAGUCGUGAAAGGUUCUCAAAGUACAAACUAUCAAAAUUGUGCUCACGAUGUUCUAAACUCGAUUUUAUGGAUGGAGGUUUCUUGCUAACCGAUCGAAUGCAGACUUUGAGAGAUCGCGCAAGCGAAUGCAACCUCUGCUUGCUUCUAUUAGAUGAGGCAUCCACAAGGCAAAUUACUGACCCUGAGUGGAUUGUGUUCGAGAGGAGAGGGUCUGGGAUCUACUAUGAAAACGAACCGAUCCCAUCAUUCUCUGUCUUUCAGAAACCAGAACGGAGGUUGCCAUUGCAAUUUAUCCAGAUAGGUUCGCCUGUUCUACCUCGGGAAAGAAGUCAUGCCUUCUAUGACACCUGCAGGGGGUGGCUCGACGACUGCGACAAUAAUCACGACUGUCAUGCGCACGAACAAGGCCGAUUGCCGACGAGACUGAUUGACGUUGGUACUGAUUCCAGAGAUGCAGUAUUACGCCUAAUCGAAACCAAAGAGGAGAAUGUGGCCUCCGCCAAAUACUUCGCUCUAUCCUUCGCGUGGGGUAGUACCACAGCUGGAGCGCACUUUUUGACUUUGCGAAAUGACACUAGUGGCAAGCACCAUGAUAUUGCUUCUUUCAAAAAGGGUAUUCCUUAUUACGGACUACCAGCCACAUUGAAAGAUGCGGUCGAUUUUACGAGGAAGCUCGGCGUUCGAUAUUUGUGGAUCGACUCCAUCUGUAUCAUUCAGGGCACAGACGGGGACUUCAUUGAGGAAGCGAAGCACAUGGAGAAUGUCUUCAGUCAGGCUUAUGCAGUGCUUUCUGUUUGUCAUGGAACCUCUCAGCAUGCGGGAUUUCUUAAUCCGAGACCAGAGGCGCCGUAUGUCACCAUUCCAGGACAGCUCGAGCGGCAAUUCUUCGUUUCUAAGAAUAUCGACGAUUUUAGCAAAGAUGUACUCGGAAGUCCAUUAAAUCAACGAGGCUGGACACUGCAGGAACGAGCGUUGGCACAGAGAACAAUAUACUUUACUGGUAAUCAGAUGUACUUUGAAUGCGGUCAAGGAGUACGGUGCGAGACUUUGACGAAGAUGCAAAGCAACAUGGCUGACUUUCUCGGCGAUCCACGAUUUCCGGAGAAAGCCAUGCGCACGCAAUCCCGUGCAUUGAAGGUCGCAUACUUUCAAGAUCUGUACAGGCUUUAUUCUCGCCUUCAGUUUGUGAGGUGGGAAGAUCGACCACUGGCCAUAGCAGGGCUCGAGGUCCGCCUCCAAAAAGCCUUGGACUGCGAUAUCAGCUUUGGUGUUUUCUUACCGAAGGAUGACAAAUAUAUAGAACUGUUCUAUCGAAGUAUUCUCUGGCAGCGGGGAGAGGGGGAUCAGGAUUCUUUAUUCAUGUCUGCCAUCGAUACAAGAACCCCGGUCCCAAGUUGGUCGUGGAUGGCAUAUACAGGGGGCAUCGACUACCUCGAUCCGCCUUUCGGCACCGCCAAAUGGCUUGAUGAUCAACUACAACCACGUACUUUCAACGAUGGGGAUCACUCCUCUCCUAGUCUAUCAUUCAGAGCAAAAGUACGAGGCUUUAGUGUUAUGGGCAGGGAGGAAGGCGUCAAGAUCGUUUACGAUACUAGAAGACGCAGGGGUUCGGAUGGAGAUCGGCUGCAGCAAUGCGUGGCUGUCGCAAUGGAAGCAACUCAGCGGGAUAAAUGGCAGCGCAUGUUUUGGGUUCUCGUUGUUGCGGCCGAUUCAUCAUACAAGGUCCCUCAUUCCGAGGAGUUUCGUGAUCGGGCUUACCGGAGAGUCGGAGUGGGCACAAUGCCUGGUAAGUUUAUCAGACUUGACGAACCGGGUCUAAGUGCGCGGAUAUACUAGAUAGAUGUCAUUAGAAUCC